AUGGCUGGUUCUGCUUUGAAGAGAUUAAUGGCAGAAUAUAAACAGCUGACACUGAACCCCCCAGAAGGAAUCAUUGCUGGACCUGUCAAUGAAGAGAAUUUCUUUGAGUGGGAGGCUUUAAUUAUGGGCCCUCAGGACACGUGCUUCGAGGGCGGUGUUUUCCCAGCACACCUGACAUUUCCGCCCGACUACCCUCUGAGUCCACCAAAGAUGAAAUUCACCUGCGAAAUAUUCCACCCUAACAUCUAUGCUGACGGCAGAGUAUGUAUUUCCAUUCUGCACGCCCCAGGAGAUGACCCUAUGGGCUAUGAGACCAGUGCUGAAAGGUGGAGCCCUGUACAGAGUGUGGAGAAAAUCCUCCUCUCUGUGGUCAGUAUGUUGGCAGAACCAAAUGAUGAAAGUGCUGCCAAUGUGGAUGCUGCUAAAACAUGGCGGGAUGACAGAAAAGGGUUCGAGGAAAUAGCAAAAGUCACAGUUAGAAAAUCUCUGGGAUUGUGA